GACGUGUCUGCCUGGGAGUCCCGUGUCUGCAAGUUGCAGACCCGGAUGCUGGUGGUAUUCCCGUAUGGAUGUCUGCAGCAGGGGUAACCGAGAAUAGGAGCGAUAGUAUUGUGUAGAUACCAAGAGAAGAAGCUUGUGUGGUGUGAAGAUGUUGCUUUGGCUGCUUGGAGCUGCGCUGCUAGCUCCAGCGGCCGGCUUCUACCUCCCGGGUCUGGCCCCCGUCAGCUUCUGUGAGCCUGGUAAAGACCAAGUUCCAGACUGCAAGUCGACCAUUGAGCUGUUUGUGAACAGGCUGGAUUCAGUGGAGUCAGUUUUGCCUUAUGAGUAUACUGCGUUUGAUUUCUGCUCAGAAAAAACUUUGAAGCGGCCAUCCGAGAAUCUGGGACAGGUGCUUUUUGGGGAGCGAAUCGAACCUUCACCAUACAAGUUUGAAUUUAAGAAACCUGCAGUGUGUCAGAAGGUGUGUACUAGAACCUACGAUGCCAGCAACCCAACAGACAAAGCAAAACUGGACUUCCUCAAGAAGGGCAUGCUACUGAACUACCAGCAUCACUGGAUCGUUGACAACAUGCCGGUCACGUGGUGCUAUGAUGUUGAAGAUGGACAGAAGUUUUGUAAUCCUGGUUUUCCUAUUGGCUGUUACGUAACAGAAGCAGGCCGACCCAAAGAUGCAUGCGUUGUCAAUUCUAACUUCAAUGAAAAAGAUGCUUUUUACAUUUUUAACCAUGUAGACAUCACCAUCCACUACCACAUUGUUGAGCAUGAGCAACUCGGAGCAAGAUUGGUUGCUGCCAAGAUCGAACCCAAAAGUUAUGAAAACCCUAAUGACGACAGUCCUGAUUGUUCUGGAGGGCCAAAGUUCCUGAAAAACAAACACACUGGAGUGUUCAAAAUCCCAUAUACUUACUCCGUCAACUUUGUGGAAGAUAAGAAUAUUCGCUGGGCGUCUAGAUGGGACUACAUCCUGGAGUCAAUGCCACACACAAACAUCCAGUGGUUCAGUAUUAUGAACUCGUUGGUGAUUGUGUUGUUCCUGUCUGGAAUGGUAGCCAUGAUCAUGCUGCGAACUCUUCAUAAAGACAUAGCAAGAUACAAUCAGAUGGACUCUGUGGAGGAUGCCCAGGAGGAGUUUGGCUGGAAGUUGGUCCAUGGAGAUGUUUUCCGCCCUCCUAGAAAGGGAAUGCUGUUGUCUGUUUUCCUCGGCUCUGGGACUCAAAUCUUCAUUAUGACCUUUGUCACCCUGUUCUUUGCCUGUCUGGGGUUCCUCUCUCCGGCGAACCGUGGCGCUCUUAUGACGUGUGCCGUCGUUCUCUGGGUGCUUCUGGGAACUCCUGCUGGAUUUGUGGCUGCUCGCCUCUACAAAUCUUUUGGAGGGGAGAAGUGGAAGACCAAUGUUCUGCUGACAGCCUUACUCUGUCCUGGGGUGGUAUUUGCAGAUUUCUUUGUGAUGAACUUGAUCCUAUGGGGUGAAGGGUCUUCAGCAGCCAUGCCAUUUGGCACCCUGGUAGCCAUAUUGGCUCUUUGGUUCUGUAUCUCUGUGCCACUUACCUUUAUAGGAGCAUACUUUGGCUUCAAGAAGGCUGGUAUUGAACAUCCAGUGCGGACAAAUCAAAUUCCUCGUCAAAUCCCAGAGCAGUCAUUCUACACGAAGCCUUUUCCUGGUAUCGUCAUGGGAGGAAUUCUGCCUUUUGGAUGUAUAUUUAUUCAGCUAUUCUUCAUACUUAACUCAAUUUGGUCCCAUCAGAUGUACUACAUGUUUGGCUUUCUUUUCCUAGUCUUUAUUAUUCUGGUUAUUACCUGCUCUGAGGCCACCAUCCUGCUCUGCUACUUCCACUUAUGUGCUGAGGACUACCAUUGGCAGUGGCGUUCCUUCCUGACGAGUGGCUUCACUGCUGUCUAUUUCCUAGUAUAUGCAAUUCACUACUUCUUCUCAAAGCUGCAAAUCACAGGACUGGCCAGCACUAUCCUGUACUUUGGAUACACAAUGAUCAUGGCUCUCAUCUUUUUCUUAUUCACUGGUGCCAUUGGCUUCUUUGCCUGUUUCUGGUUUGUUACCAAAAUCUACAGUGUGGUCAAAGUUGACUGACGGAUUCAAAAAAACUCAAAAGAGACUGGAAUGGAUGGAGGAUGCUUUCUCCCAGUAACCUCUUGAGCCUUCAGACCUGUCAAACUGAGCUGAACUUUAGAACCUGAACCUUCACCUCCUCAUUUUCUCUAGCACGGAGGUCUCUGUGCCUGCAUGUGUACACUUGUUUGUAAUUAUGUACAUUAAGUAUCUACCUGCAUAUAAUCUGAACUAAAUGAACCCUAACUGUACAAGGCAUUUUUUUCUUUGGUGAUGCAUUGGAAGAUGGUUCAUACAAUACCUACUUUAUUGACCCAAAGCUAGAAUGUCCAGAGACUGUGUCAGCAGCAUAUUUAAGGGUUGGUUGAUGAACUUUGCACUCUUCGUUUGCAGAUGUAGUUGAAACUGCUGUUUUAUAAAUAAAGCUUUGAGGGUCUGCUUCUUA